AUGGUGAUAAUUGACUACCGAAUAUUAUCUAUAAGAACAAUUGAAUCCCAAUGCACAGAUUGUGUCGACACUGUUGUCAGUCAACUUAAAGUGCAAAAGCCCGAAGGCUACAAACCCUGGGGCAAUAAUUUAUACAAAGCUUACAAUGUUGCGAAGAAUUGGAACAAUGCACAACAGACAUGCCAAGGAGAUAACGGAAAUUUGGCUAUCAUAAAUUCAAGAGAAGAAGCCCAAUUUGUUCAGCAGCUGGUAAUCAAUGCCCGACCAAUCACCGGGUCGACAUAUCCCGGUGGCUGGGUCGGGUUCAGGGACUCCGAUGGCGGAGCUAAUUGGCAAACACUUACUGGACAAAAUUUAAAUCAGGCCGGGUAUGAUGUGUGGUGGAGAAAAAAGGAUAGAGCCGAGAAAAAUAAAUGUGGAGCAAUUAAAAUAUGCGGAAGAUUAUCUACGGUUUCUUGCAAUAAUCUAAUUGCUUUCGUUUGUGAGAUUAAACCUUCAAUUGAUUAA